GUAAAGUGAUUUGAUAUUUCCUGUAUACCUAUAUGCACAUUCCCUCCCUUUCCUCUUUUCUGGUGCAAACGACCUUAGCCAUCUAGCUAGGUUUUCCAAUUCCAAACCUCCGUAGAUGAUACAAUAUAUCACAGUAGAUGUUUCAGGUUUGUUACUUAUCUGCCUUUAUUUUGGAAUCAUGUUCUCACUUGGAACCUUCCGUACCGCCCUUACAGGAGCGAAAGAUGUCGAAGACUGUUUGAAGAAACCGUGCGGAGCAUCAAUGAUUGAUCAUUGAUUGAUUGACGUGGUUUCCUUGGUGCC